UUAAAAUGUAAAUAUCCAACAUGGCGGCCUCCGUAGAUGACAUGUUUUCUCGCUGCGUGGAUCCAGUCAAAGCAAGUAAUUGCGUGGAUGUCCGAUUUAUCAAUAAUGUCAAGGGCAAAGGGUUAUUCGCCAAAAAAACUUUCAAAAAAGGAGACACCAUUUUUGUUGAACGACCUCUAGUCUCAUCUCAGUUCUUGUGGAAUGCCUUGUACAAAUACAAAGCAUGUGAAUACUGUCUGCGUGCUCUGGAGACUGCAGAAGAGAAUGCCAGAAGGUUGAGUGGUCUGCCAGCUCUCAUCUUACCCCAUCCUGAGUUAUGUAAGGUGCGACCUGACAGACACCAGACCUGUCCACAAUGUAAGGUGAUGUACUGUAGUCCUGAGUGCCGACAGGCUGCAAUGGAUCAGUACCAUAAAAUCCUGUGUCUCGGCCCAUCCCAUGAUGAUCCUGAUCAUCCAGUCAACAAGCUGCAGGAUGCGUGGAGGAGUGUACACUACCCUCCAGAAACCUCCAGUGUCAUGAUACUGGCAAAGAUGGUUGCCACAAUCAAGCAGACUCAAGAUAAGGAACGCUGGCAGCGGUUGUUUACUAAUUUUUGUAGCCGUACAGCAAACGAGGAGGAGGAAAUAGUUCAUAAAUUGCUGGGAGAGAAGUUUCAGGGACAGUUGGGUUUGCUGCGUAAUCUGUUUACCACAGCACUCUAUGAAGAUCGUCUCAGUCAGUGGUUCACUCCAGAGGGAUUUCGCUCUCUCUUUUCACUUGUUGGGACCAACGGUCAGGGUAUUGGUACCAGUUCUCUGAGUCAGUGGGUUCAUGCUUGUGAUGCGCUGGAGCUUCCCCGCCAGCAGAGGGAGCAACUGGAUGCGUUUAUCGACCAGCUUUACAAGGACAUCGACAAAGAGACCGGCGAUUUCCUCAACUGUGAAGGCUCUGGUCUUUUCCUCCUGCAAAGCUCCUGUAACCACAGCUGCGUUCCCAAUGCGGAGGCUUCGUUUCCAGACAACAACUUCCUCCUUCACCUCACGGCCCUCUGUGACAUCGGCCCUGGAGAGGAAAUUUGCAUCAGCUACCUGGACUGCUGUCAGCGAGACAGGAGUCGUCAUAGCCGGCACAAGAUCUUGAGGGAGAAUUAUUUAUUCAUCUGUUCCUGUCAGAAGUGCUUGUCCCAGAUGGAUGAUGCGGAUAUGACAUCAGAAGAUGAGGAGGAAGUGGAAGGAGAGGGAGAAACAGAAGGGGAAGACAUGGAGGAUGAAAUGACAGAUGUGUGAUUUCAGACAGGUUUCCCUUCUCACCCAAACCCCAUCACUUGUUUGUGGACCUCUACAAAGAUCCCUGAAACCCACCAAAGGGUGUAAUACCCAUUGCAGUUGAGACUCACAGUAGCACUACAGUUGUUUGGCUGUUAUAUAACCUUCAUAUCAAAGCCUAUGCAAAAUAUAAGCGCAGUAUUUUUAUCA